GUCCAAUUUCAUUGAAAUUUUGAGAGUGCCGGGUCUUCAGUCAAAUAUCCCCAUUUUGGACAGCGAAGUAGUUUCUGAUGAUCCCAAACUCUAAUCCUGUUGUUCAGGCUCUUUUAGGGACGUUGUUUACAUGGGGAGUAACAGCUCUUGGAUCUGCUCUCGUCUUCGUUUUUAACAGCGGACAGAGAAAGGUUCUCGAUGCUAGCCUGGGAUUUGCCGCGGGGGUCAUGCUAGCAGCUUCAUAUUGGUCCUUAUUAGCCCCAGCCAUAGAAAUGGCAGAAACUUCAGGAAGUUAUGGAGAAGGUGGCAAGUUUGCCUUUGUUCCAGUAUCUAUAGGGUUCAUUCUUGGAGCAGUAUUUGUAUAUGGGGCAGACAAGCUUAUGCCACUUCUGGGUGUGGAAUCAUCUAAUUUUGCUGAGGCCCUAACUGGUGAUUUUCAGAAUGGUAAUGCAUGCAAAGAGAAGGAAUCAAAGGAUAACAUCCAUCACACAGAAAUCUCCAUCCACAACUUGUCACACAACAGAGAUACAUCACAGCUUACACAAAGAAAGAAGGAAUAUUUACAUGAUUCUAGUAAUAAAGACAUUGAUCAUGAAGGACAGAUAUCAAAAGAGCAAAAAGCCAGCUGGAGGAGAAUUUUAUUAUUGAUCAUAGCAAUUACUGUUCAUAAUAUUCCAGAGGGUCUGGCUGUUGGAGUAGGGUUUGGUGCCAUAGGAAAAACAGCUGCUGCAACCUUUGAAAAUGCAAGGAAUUUAGCAAUAGGCAUUGGAAUUCAGAACUUUCCAGAAGGACUGGCUGUUAGUCUCCCACUUCGAGGGGCAGGAUUUUCCUCAUGGAAGAGCUUUUGGUAUGGUCAGCUAAGUGGAAUGGUAGAACCAUUAGCUGGACUUUUUGGUGCUCUUGCAGUUGUGGUUGCUGAGCCCUUGUUGCCAUAUGCUUUGGCAUUUGCAGCUGGUGCAAUGGUGUAUGUUGUAGUUGAUGAUAUCAUACCAGAGGCCCAGACAAGUGGUAAUGGACGGUUAGCUUCAUGUACAACUAUUGUUGGUUUUGUAGUAAUGAUGUCUCUAGAUGUUGGGCUUGGAUGAGAAUAUUACUUGUGAAACCUUCCUUAGUGAAAUUAAUGUAUUUUAUUAGUUAACAAUCCUGACCAUAGAGUAGGCAUUUGGAACUGCAGAAUGCUUCCUUAAUUGUAGUUAAAGUGUCUUGUAGUUUAGAAAAACAAAACAAAACAAACAAAAAAAUAGAGAAAAUAAUCAUCAGUGAUCAAGUGUUUAUCAAGAAUUUAUUUUUCACAUCCAUGUUUAUCUUAAUAGUCCCUAAACAGAAUAAAGAGCUCCAAUCUAAGACAGUCAUUUGCGCAAAAGACUUAAAAGAGACAUCACAUCAAGCUUGCAUCCAAGUGAUUUUUUGCAUACAUUAAAUAUGAUAAAAGGCUUUUUUAUUCCAUCACCUGAUAAGUGGCAGGAUAUUUUGCAGUUUCAUUUUGUUGUACUGGUGGUGCAGUAUACUUUGCCAAACAAAUGCAUCAAACUACAAUUUUUAGUGACUUGGAGUCUCAGCUCUCUAUUGAAAGAAAUACAAUCAAUUUAAUCACACCAACUUUUUACAAACAAAAAUUUUUGAUAAACAGUUAGUCGUACAUGUUGGAUGGAUAGUUUAUAAGAUGGGUUGUAAUGUUCUAUACAUUUUCUAGCUUGGGAAUAACAAAUUUGUGAAUGUUAAAGGUGGCUGCAAUUUCCAAAAGGCCAUUUUACAGUUGUGUUCUUAGUUGCCAAGCCUUUGAUUUGGAGUGAGGCUGAAGGUGACCUUGUUGUGAUGGAGACAAGUAUCUAGUUGGCAUGGUAACAAAGUAAUAGACCAUUUUUGAUAUGUUAAAAUUCUGACAUAGCUCUGAGAUAAGGGGGAAUGAAACAAAAGAAAUAAAUUAUUUGUCUCUCAACCUCGAUGUGAUUUCUUGGAAAUUACAAACUUGUGAAUGUUAAAGAUGGCUGCAGUUUCAAAAAGGCCAUUUUACAGUUGUGUACUUAGUUACCAAGCCUUUGCUUUAGAGUGAGGGUGAAGGUAACCUUGCUUGGGGUUGCAUAAUAUUUCUCAAAGCCAAGUUUGAAUUUUAAUAAAUUGAAAAUGGCCUAUUUACAUUUAAAAAGCAGCAUUGUUUGUAUUAUAACAAGGUCACCCUUUGCCUCACUCCUGUUCAAAGGUUUGGCAACCAAGGGUGCAACUUUAAAAUGGAGAGCUGAAAACAUAACCAAGACAUGUGGUGUUGUCACUCAAAAAAAAAAGGUUAAUGUGUAUGUACAUUUCUGUGGAUUUCCAGUCAGCUUUCUUAUUUCCAUUUUCAGUUCAAAGAGAAAAACUUUUUUGUGAUCUCUUUUGUCAUAUCAUUGGAUCUACUUUCCUCUGAGGUUGAGAUCUGGGGUUGAGAUAUAUUGA